AUGAGUGAAUCAACAUCAUCAGUACAAAUAGAAGAGAGAGAUCAAGCAGAUGUUCAAUCCGAAACACCAGUGCUCCCAAAAACACGUAGCCAGACGGCAUCUCUCCCACAGAAACCUUCGAAUCAACCGAAGUUCCCACUUCCUAGCUACCUUGUUGGUGUAUUAUCAGAAGAAAAAUGGAAUUCAUUUUCGCUCGCUAAGCAAAAAAUCUGCAUGAGGAUUCUGAAAUCACCCAAUUCGUUUUAUUUCCGUUUCAGACCUCCGUGGGAAGAAACAAAGGUUGGACCAUUCUCCAAGGAGGAAGAGGCAAUGUUCUACAGGCGUAUGGAUUACUUUCAGAAAACAUUGGGAAUCAAAAAUGCAUUAUGGGGAUAUUUUGCCAUCCCAUUCAUUGGCAGAGUUGGAUACCAGCUUUCAACAUUCUACAGGAAUCAAGUAAAGACCGGUAAAAUUAAAGAUGAAGAUUACUCCAAAGAUGAUAAAGGCGAUCUUAAAAGCACACGUCCAAGAUCUAAGCACGAGAUACCUGAGCCGCUUUCCAAAAAACUGACUGAUGAAGCCUACAAUUUCAUUUUGAACCAAAUCGAAGGAUUGGACAUUAAGGACGAGGACAUUGGUGAUGAUUACACUAUCGGAAAGAGACCACGGAAACAGCGCUCAUAUUCUGAUAAUGACUUCACAGCUGAUGAGAAAGAUUUCAAUGACGACAAUCUCGAUAAUCCAGACGAUCCAUUCGUUCAGGGACAUCCUAAUGAGCACGGCAGCAAGUCCGCUAAGGAUGGAUCUGCUCAGAAGGAUAACUCUGCUCAAAAAUCCGAAAACGCUUCUGGAUCAGCCGAAAAUGGAGGAUCUUCUAAUUCUAAUACGGAAAGAUCCCAGAAUCAAGCUGGAAAUUCACAUUCCAACCAAAAUGCCGAUUCCGAAAUCCGCCAAUCUGCUUCAGAAACAGCUGAUUCAUCGAAGCAAGAAGCUGCUGCACCAGCCCAGCAAAAUCCAGCUCCAAGAAAGCGCGGCCGCCCACGGAAAAAUCCAAUUGAUCCAAAUGCACCGAAACCACAACCAGCACGUCCAAAGGCAGAUGGCAACAACGAUGAAGAAUCUGAUUUCUCGGGUCUCGUCAGCCGAAUCAGGAGUCGCCACCACCACAGCCAGAAAAAGAACGUAGAUUAUGAUUCCGAUGAAGAAGGAUGCCCUCUUGUUGGUGGUAUGGACCCAGUUUCCCAUCGCCCAAUGAGAAAUCCAGCUGUUAACCAAGAAGGAUACGUUUUGGAUUAUGAUUCUUGGACAAGAGUAUUAAACGGAACUGCAAGGAUGCCAUUCGAUACAAAUAUUCAUAACUUGAACGAGCUGAGAGUUUUGAACAGGAGAAACUACAAUGAAUUGAGGAUGACUUUUAUCAACUUCAAUCCAAUCUAA